CAUAACUUCCUACUUAUUCUUCUAGCAGAGCACCACCAUGGCGAAUAAAGGCGCAAAAAUCACUCUCUACUGGCUGGAACAAUCCCGCUCCCAGCGCAUCCUCUGGCUACUCGAGGAGCUGGGCCUCGAGUACGACCUCCAGACCUUCAAGCGGGGGCCCAAUGGGCUCGCCCCCGCGGAGCUCAAGCAGAUCCAUCCCCUCGGCAAGUCGCCCGUCAUCCGCGUCGAGCCCGAGGGUACAGGUACGGGUACAGCGCAGCCCCUGGUGCUAGCCGAGUCCGGUGCAAUCGUCGAGUACCUCCUCGACCACUUCCUCACGGAGGAAACGGCGCACCUGCUUCCCAAGAAAUGGGUUGAUGGUCGCGAGGGCCAGGUCGGCGGCGAGACCGAGGCGUGGACGCGGUAUCGGUACUUCCUGCAUUAUAACGAGGGGACCUUGAUGACUUUCCUUAUCAUCCAGUUGGUCUUGAACAAAAUCAAAUCGAAUUCCCCCUUUUUCAUUAAACCCAUCGCCAAUGGGAUCGUCUCCAGCGUCGAAUCCUCCUACCUCCGCCCCAACUACGACGCAAACUUUGCCUUCCUCGAGGACCAGCUCGCCACCGCGCCAGAGGGUGGCCCUUACCUGUGCGGCGCACAGCUGACCGCCGCGGAUAUCCUCAUGAGCCUGCCGAUUCAGGCGGCGCUGCUGCGCGUGCUCGACAGCGAAAAGUACCCGCGUCUGGUGGCGUAUGCCGAGCGCCUGCGCGGUCAUGAGGCGUACCAGCGGGCUAUCAAGAAGAUUGAGGAGGUCGAGGUCAUGCACCAUGAAGAUAGAUUACUUGGUAAACUAUAA